GAUUGGUGCAGCUCACAUCAAUCAAGCUUUGCAGCAAGGUUGGUUGAACGCCAGCCGGUAGUUGAUGUCCCAUCAAAAGUCGUCAGUCACUGGUGGAGAGGAGUCGCAGUAAUCAGGCCACCACCAUGCAGUUUCUAAGGGGAGUCAUGGAGACUGUGUCCGCCGUCUCCAACCUCUUCUCCAACCCCUACCGCGUCAGGGAAGUACCACUGUCAGAGUACAGCGGAGGGGGGAAAGUCAAGCUGAAGGAGGAGGGACGCAUGGUGCUGUACAAGAACACCCCUUGUCAGAGUUGGGACUGCCUGCUCACGUGCCCUGAUACGCCCACAGUCGCCUUGAGGUUGUUUCAGGUCAACUCCGAGGAGGAUGCCAUGAACUGGUUCCCCCAGUACGCCCUCAAGCUUCGUCCCUUCUACGAGACCCUCCCCCUCCCCAAGCCAGAGGCAGUCCAGCCAAUAGUAGACUGCCUCCGUAGUCACGCUGACUGGAGCUCAGCCCACAUCGCCGUGGAUACGGGCCUGAGGGAAUGCCUGAAGCACAACCACGUCCAGAGCCAGAUCAACGCCAGGGACGGUGCUGGUCAGACCCCAUUACACCUGGCGUGUGAGCGGGGGGAAGUGGCGUGUGUCAGAGAGCUGCUGGAGGAGUGCCAGGCUCGCACCGACAUCAAAGACAAGAACGGGGAGACGCCAAUGCAUUGUGCCGCCAAGCAGGACUCUGCUACUAUUAUACAGGCGCUGUGCAGUAGGAUGUGUGCGGGGGUGAAUGAGCUGAACGGGGCGGGGGAGACGCCCCUCCAUGUUUCUUGUCGCCUUGGGAGGGUAGAGGCCGUGAACGCACUCCUGGGGGGAGGAGCCCGCUGUGACAUCAUCGGGAGCAGUGGCUACCCAAUCCACGCCGCGAUGAAGUACAGUGAGAAGAGUUGUGCUGAGGCUGUCCUGGAUGCAGACCCAGGUCAGCUACAGGUAGAAGAUGCCAUCUAUGGAGGAACCCCCCUACACUGGUGCAAGACUGCAGAGAUGUGUCGUACGCUGCUGGAACGAGGUUGCUUGGUGAACUACCUCAGUAAGACAGGGGAGAGUGCACUGCACGUCCUGACCAAGAGGGGGCGCUUCGAUGCUUCCAUGGUGCUGCUCACACACGGGGGGGAACCCAACCUCAAGGGUCAGGAUGGGAACACAGCCCUGCAUCUGGCUAUGAAGAUGGACCACAUGGAACUGAUCAAGGCUCUGAUCGUGUUUGGAGCCGACGUGGAGAUACACAAUGACCUGGGAGAGACUCCCGGGUUGAUAGCAGCACGCACUAGUAAAGGCUCCAACAGAAAGGUGCUACUGGACAUGCUGUGUAGUGUAGGGGUACAGCGGUGCGCCCCACCCACCUCCCCCCUCAACUCCCAUCCUCCCCCCAAGAAGGCUGCUUCGUCACCAGGCAUAGGGUUCGAGGACAUCAUGCACGUUGCGGCGGCGGUGGGUGCGAUGAGUCGCGGCCGGGAGGAAGUGGACGGGUUCAAACAGGAAGCAGGAAGUACGAUAGACAGACUGCUGUGUCUGGAUGGAGGGGGCAUUAAAGGCUUGGUUCUGAUCCAGUUGUUAAUCUCGCUGGAGAAAGAGGCAGGCAGGCCCAUCAAGGAACUCUUUGACUGGGUUUCUGGGACCAGCACAGGGGGCAUACUGGCCCUGGCUAUCGUCCAUGGUAAGGAUAUGGAGUAUCUGCGAUGCCUCUACUUCCGUAUGAAGGAGCAGGUGUUCAAGGGAUCGCGACCCUACGAGUCGGCCCCUCUGGAGGACUUCCUGAAGAAAGAGUUCGGCGAGAACACCAUGAUGACAGAUGUACGGCACCCCAGGGUGAUGGUAACCAGUGUGCUGGCAGACAGACAUCCAGGAGAGCUCCAUCUCUUUAGGAACUAUGACCCCCCCUCCCUGCCCAGAGAACGCCCCUAUGCUGGCACAGCCACCUUCCUUCCCCUCACCAUACCACAAGGAUGGGAGGAUGAGGAUGUGUUGAUAGUUGGAUACACUCAGGAACCUGCUAAAAAACAUAGGAAGGUGACCGACCAAGAGCAGGUCGUGUGGAGAGCUGCCCGUUCCAGUGGCGCCGCCCCCACCUACUUCCGACCAAUGGGGCGGUUUCUGGAUGGAGGGUUGCUGGCCAAUAACCCGACACUGGAUGCCAUGACUGAGAUCCACCAAUACAACAAAUCCCUGAAAGCAGAGGGGCGUGGCCUAGAGGUGCAGCGUCUAGGUGUGGUGGUUUCUUUAGGGACAGGUAAGCCUCCCCAGGUAGUGGUGAACUCUGUAGAUGUGUUCAGACCCUCCAACCCUCUGGAACUGGCCAAGAGCUUUGUAGGUGCCAAGGAGCUGGGCAAGAUGCUGGUGGACUGCUGUACAGACUCUGAUGGGUGUGCUGUGGACAGGGCCCGGUCCUGGUGUGAGAUGACUGAUACUGUCUACCACAGACUGAGCCCCCAGCUCUCCCAGGAGGUGAUGCUGGAUGAGGUGAGUGACGCCGUGCUGGUGGACAUGCUGUGGGAGACCCAGAUGUACCUCUACGAACAGAGGGAGAACGUCCAACUCCUGGCACAGCAACUACUCAACGGCUACUGAGGAGAGGAGAGGCAGAGGCAGGAAUGGGAGCAUGCUAUGGGAGACCCAGAUGUACCUCUACGAACAGAGGGACAUCAUACAACUACUGGCACUACAGGGGUUUGUUCAUUACGCCGAUUCUGUGGCAAAA